AUGGCUUGUAAGGCAUCUUUUGAAUUAUAUCAUAAUUUUCCUAAACUAGCUGAAGAAGCCGGAUUUGCAUUCAACACUCAUCGGCCUCGUGUCCAUAUAGAGUGGAAUAAGAUUCGCCUUCUUGACAUCGAAAGUCUCAUUCGAGAGAGAAAAUUUGUUUUAAUUGAACAGCAUUUGAAUGAUAUACUGGACUGUGUUUUGGAGUCAGAAUUCGAUGUACGGAUCCUGGAUGAAGGAGUUGUCAAAAUAUUUCGGCUAGCUCAGCUAGCAGUUGAAUAUCAGCAGUUUUGCCGACAUUAUUUGGAUCGUAGUGUUUAUGUAUUACGUGAAGAAGUUACAUCACUAGCCCAGGAACUAGAUACGAAUAAACGAAGUUUACGAGAAAAAGAAGAAGAUAUACGACGGCUAAAAAGAAAAUCUAAACAUGUGAUACGCACUCCGUUACCAUACGGGAAUGAAAAUAUAGCUACUAUGAUUCUCAAUACGUUAAAAAACCAAAGCGAUAUAUUUCAUUCUGCCCCUCAUUUAGAUACCUUGCAGCACAACAAAUGCAAAUUCUGUGACAAAGUAUUUUUAAACCAACUUUAUUUAAAAAGUCAUAUUUCAAGACGGCAUCCGAACAUAACAGAAAUUCCAGAAAAAGACGUCCCAAGUGAAGAAAACUUAACGCAAAUAAAUUCAAAUGAAAAUAGCAAAUUACUUAAUGAGAUUGAGGAUUUGAAAAUAAAAUUAAAAGAAAUGGAAAACCUUAUCGCAGAAAAACACAAAUUUAAGGACAACGAAGAAGUAGUCAAAAGUAAUUCGUUUGACGGUAAAAAGCAAGACCCUCCUGUAAAAGAAAUGAAAGACGCAGAAGUUCUUACACAAGACCCAGAACUAGAAACGGUUAAAAUGGAACAGUGGAAAACACAAGAAUUUGAUAAAUAUAACCAAGAACUAAAUUUGUUAAGAACACAAAUAUUGCAAAUUAUUGAUGCUAACAAAGAAAAUAAAAAUAGUAAUCAAAUAGAGAAUGAUAACAAGCUUAUAGAAAAAUUACAAGCCACUAUUAAACAGCAAGGGGCUGAGUUAUUAUCUUUAAAGCAGGAAUUAAUUAAUUCGAAGUCUCUAAAAGAAAAUAUGGAAGCUGAGAGGAAAAAAGAAAUAGAAGCUCAAAUAUCAGAAUGGGCGAAAAAAGUUGAAAUGCAAUCGACUGAAUGUAGGUCACUGUUACAAAAAUUAAAUGAAAUGGCUAAAGAUGUUCAAGAAUAUAAAGCAAUCGCAAAUGAAGAAAGAGACAAAGCGGAGCAAUUACAGCAAUUAUUAAAUCAACAACGUAAGAUAGUGAAACAAGAUAAAAAAGUUGAAGAAAUAAAACCUGUAUGCAUAGAUAAAAAUAAAAAUGUUCAAAUUAAAAAGGAUAAUUUGGAUAAGGGUUAUCCUACAGCGGAUAGGAUGACACUUGAAAAGUUGCAGAAAAAGGCUCAAGAAUUACUUUCUUUGGAACAAUCGAGUACAUCAGAUCAAUCAACAGUUAGUGAAGAAAGCAAUGAUAUAGUUGAGCAAAAGACUAAUAUGAUUGUUGGAACAAAGAAGAAAGAAGUUUUAAACUUUAAUAGUUUUGACAAACACCGAGAGUAUAAGUUCCUUUCAAAUAAAAAUAUUCAAUUGGUAGAUAAACAGCAACCGCAAAAAGCCACCACUGGUUUCGUAAAGAAAAAAGGAAACAAAAAGGUUAAAUCGUCAUCGAAAAAACUGCAGAAUGGACCAGUAACUUUACCCGUCAGUCCCGUAAAAGUUGUUAGAGCGAAAAUUACGGAAGAAGUUAAUCAACGCUUGGUGCAGCUUGGAGUGGACCCUUUGAAGAAUAGACUACCGAAAAGUACAUUUCAAAAGCAACGGCAUUUAUUGCAAAAACUCCAGGAAGUAAAAGUCAAGAAAUAUCCAUCAAGGGAGAAAAUUUAUCAUUCAAUACAAGCUCAUUUAGAUGCAAAUACUAUAAGUACGGUGCGUCAUGUUCAAAAAAAUGAAACAAUAGAUGUUUCUCCUAGCAAAGCCUCUAAAUUAUUCAGUUUAACUUCAGUUCUAUCUAAUGUAAAAACAAAGGCAUUGUCUUUAGUGAAACCGACUGAAAAAUUUAAAAAAAAUGAUGCAAAUAGCCAUUAUAAAAAUGCGAUGUUAGACAAAUCACCGACCUCCGGGCGAUCUAGUAUUAUUAAUUCAAAAGAAGUAACGCCUACACCAUCACCACAUCGCUCAAGUCAGGAUAAAGUAACGAAAAUGCGCCGGGCUAAGAAAGAUAUGUCUUCUAAAAAGUACUUACAAAAUCAAACUGAAUCAUCAAACGAAUCCGAAUCAGAAAUUAAUAAUGGAGCAACUAAAUUGUAUGACCGUGCAUUAGAAUCUAUUGAUGAUCUAGUUAAAUCACCUCUUCGUAAACCGAAUGAUUCAAAUUUUAAACGUAUAUCAAAAGAUUUUGACACAAGCUAUAAUAUUAAAAGCUUUGAAUCAAAAAAUAGUAAAAUAACCCAAAAUAUACACUUUAAAGUUUCACGAGACAAUAGCAGUGACGAUAUCGAGUCGCUCGUUGACACAACGCCUAGAAAAGCUUUUUCUGAAGAAAAUAUCAGCCCAAAACAAACGAAAGGCGUUUUGAAAAAUGCUUCUUCCACAUCUUCAUUGAACAAGAAAAAGGUGCUAUUUGAUAUGGAUGCAAUUCAAAUGAAAUCUGUGAGUGCUACUCCUUCACAAAGCUUAGCUGAAAAAAGUGAUGGGAAUGAAAAUUAUUCAUUGGGUAUCAUAAAUUUAGACACAGAAGAAUGGGAUCCUUCAAGCAUAGAAAAUGAGCCCCCCAAAAAAUCAACCAUUCAAGUUACCGCUCGCACAAGUCCAAAAAUAGCUGAACUUAAGCAAGCGAUCGAAUCGCAGAUGUCAAGAAGGAUUCAAACACCCAGUACGGCUUUAGCAGGCAGUGUUAAUUUGCUACCAACUCCAAUGGUGCGAACGAGCCUUGGUGGUAGUAAUACAAGCUUAGGUAGUUCAAUACUGGACGAAAGUGAAAACCAAAUAGCUAUUAAUAACCAACGGCAGCCCAUCUUAGUCAAACAAAAUAUUAAUAUAAAGAAACAUGAAAACGAUGAUAGUGAAAUAGACUUUUCAGAAUUGUUGGCUGACGAUAAAAGUGACAAUAAAUUUUAGUUAUUUAAUAUUAUUGAGUAGGUAGAGCGUACA